AUGAAGCGGGACCGCGACGAUAGUGUGGUGGGAACGCCGAAUGGCAAGUGGGACGUCUCCCCGCACGGUACACUGGGGGCGGAGGCGAAGGAGUUUGAAAGAAAUGCGGUGCGGCGCUACGUUUUUGGGCUUGUGCAUUUGAAGAAUGAAAGCCCGAAAGCAAAUGCGGUUGAUGUCUCCGAGUCUAUUGUUCGCUCCUUCAAUGAACGGUUUAGGCGGAUUGUUAAAAUAGGACAAGGGAGCUUUGGAGAGGUGUACAUUGUCUUUGACACCGUGACUCAAACCCACCUUACAAUGAAACGCAUGCAACUGCUUCGUGGCGCGGGUAGACGUGUCAUGGGCCUUUGCAACACAACCUCACGGGAGAUGAAUCUGCUGCGCGUACUGAAGCAUGUAAAUAUUGUUGAAUUAUUUGACUAUCAUGUCGUUCCUGAUGGAACCCUUAUCAUGUUGAUGCCCGUCAUAGCUUAUGAUCUUGUCUCGCUGAUUCGGCUUUGGCGAAAUGGCGGGCCCCGCGGGGAGCCAAGUGCCGGUCGCAUGCCACUUCCCACCAUUAAGUGUAUUUUCCGUCAGCUUCUCACAGGGCUGGCCUACCUACAUAAGGAACGGGUUAUUCAUCGCGAUUUGAAGCCAACCAACGUUAUGAUUAAUGAAAAGGGAGUUGUGAAGAUUAUUGACUUUGGCUGGGCACGUUUUUGCCCUGCGCGGUGGCGUGGACCAAUGACAGGACCGCCGUGUCCUGUGGCUUACCGCCCACCAGAAGUCCUUCUUGGCGGGGAGCACGCAGUGAACUACGACGCCUCCGUUGACUUGUGGUGCUGCGGUUGCAUUCUAUUUGAGAUGUUGUCUGGCGGAAAGAUGUUUAUUAACGCCCGUAGCGAGGCGGAGGCGGUAGCGGCCAUUACCGACUGGCUGGGCUCUCCGUCGUCGAAGAGCCAAUUGUACUACGGCCACUCUGCUGUUUCUCUCAUACGGUUCAAACAGAACCGUCCAAGCCGUUUGGCACACCGGUGUGAACUGUUGCACAUUGACCGGGAUAGUGUGGACAUGUUGGAGAAGAUGCUCCAGCUAGAGCCAAAGUGGAGAAGGCCCGCUGAGGAGCUGCUGCGGCACCGCUGGUUUUCCUCCGCGCCAGUGGCAUGUGAGCCGCACGAAAUAUCGCUACCAGAGCACAACAUGUAUCGAUGGUUGGAUUCCAAGCGCCCAUCGUAA